AUGGCUGGAGUCACCUUUGGUGGCACAAAUCAUGAGUUUCCGGGUUUGUACGGUGGAGAAAGUGAAGGAAGAGUUGGUUUAGGUAGUUCUGGGAUUUCAGGCUUUGGCAUAGUUGGGACUUUUAGCUUUGGAAGCUCGGGAACUUUUGGCUUUGGUAGUAGUGGGAUUUCAGGCUUUGGCAUAGUUGGUACUUCUAGCUUUGGAAGUUCAGGGACUUUUAGCUUUGGUAGUUCUGGAAUUUCAGGCUUUGGCAUCUUUGGUACUUCUGGCUUUGGAAGUUCUGGUAGUUUUGGCUUUGGUAGUUCUGGGAUUUCUGGCUUUGGCAUUGUUGGGACUUUUAGCUUUGGAAGCUCUGGGACUUUUGGCUUUGGUAGUUCUGGGAUUUCAGUCUUGGGCACAGCUGGUGCUUCAGGCUUUGGCAUUGUUGGGACUUUUAGCUUUGGAAGCUCUGGGGCUUUUGGCUUUGGUAAUUCUGGGAUUUCAGGCUUUGGCAUAGUUGGUACUUUUGGCUUUGGAAGUUCUGGGACCUUUGGCUUUGGUAGUUCUGGGAUUUCUAGCUUUGGCACAUUCGGUAGCUCGGGCUUUGGUAAAGUUGGAACUUCAGGCUUUUUCAUAGCGGGAGGAACCUCAGUCUUUGGCACUGCUGGAAUUUCUGACUUUUUCAAGGGAGGAAACUCUAGUUUUGGCAUUGCGGGAAUCUCAGGCAUCUUUGGCUUUGGCAAAGUUGGUAACUGGGGCUUCGGGAAAGUUGGUAGCUCAGGCUUUGGAACAUUAGGGAUCUCAGGUUUUGGAAGCUCAGGCUUCGGCACAGUUGGGAUUUCAGGCUUUGGCAAGGCUGGGACUUUGGGGAGUUCUGGUUUAGGAAUCUCAGGGAGGGGGGUCUCUAGAAGGUGGCGUGCAGUCGCUUCAGUUAUGUUGCCAUAAAUGAAGAAUAAAUUGAGAAAUGCAAGUAGUAAAAGAGAGGAUAAGUGGUAAUGCUGAGCCAUUUUUCUGCAAAUCUUGGAAGGUUAAAGAAUAUGUGGGUGUG